AGUGAACAGUGAAACCUUAAUAAUUACGACGAGCGGUUUGGUAAAACGCAACACUUACAGGACGUGUAAAACCUGGCUAACCAAACAGUGUGCGAGCACAUUUCUCUGGGCAGAACAAAAUGGAUUAUAUAAACUUUCCCAACCUGACCAGCGUUUAUUCGCCCAACCGUGAGGCGUGUCUAGUGCUAAAUAAGACCAAAAUCUUGAUUAACCUCUACGAAGGUAUCCCGGAGACGUUGCUGCUUAAUGUGAUAGCAUGGUUUUUCUUGAUAUUGCUGUUCACGCUGCUCCGUCAGCAAGCCUGGGAUUAUGGGCGGCUAGCAUUAGUGAACAGUCACGGCGAGAACAAACGCUGGACGCAACUGUUCUAUGCUCAUGGCAACGUGCCCGGUGGUGGUGGGACGAUGGGCAGCUCGACGGAAACUUCAGACACACUCAAUAGCCUCAACAUCGAUCGGGGAUUCUUCUCCUGGAUAGUUGCCACAUUUCGUCUAACGAAGGAACAAAUACUUACGCACAGUGGCCCGGAUGCAGUGCACUACCUUUCAUUUCAGCGACACCUGAUCGUUUUGAUGGGUAUUAUGACGGUGAUUUCGAUCGCUAUUAUACUUCCGAUCAAUUUUGCCGGCACGCUCAGCGGUGAUAAGAACUCGUUCGGGCACACGACAAUUUCGAACCUCGAUCCAGAUUCACCCUCGAUGUGGGCCCACGUCGUGUUUGCCAUUGCCUACGUACCGAUGGUGGUGUUGAUUAUGCGGCGUGCAUCUGGUCGCAAUGCUUUCAAAACCGCGCCGACGCGCACGAUCAUGGCGACCAACAUUUCGCAAGGCGAUUGCAGCAAAACCAUCAUAAGAACCUACCUGCAGCAGCUAUUCCCGGAAGUGUCGGUCGAAGACAUCCAACUGGCCUACAAUAUAUCAAGUUUGAUUAAAGCGGCUGAAGAAUAUGAGCGAACAGUCGAAGCACGCAUCUACUGUGACGCCCACCGAAAUCGGGAUGCAAUCCAGGCUCAACCGUCUUGUUUCAGCUGUGAAAAGGUAGACGCAUUGGAGUAUUACAAAGAUCACGAAACACAAUUGGCUGGUGAGGUGGCACGGUUGCGUGCUUCGGCACUGAACGAACCGCUCGGCAUUGCAUUCGUGACGCUCAAUUCGGCCCACGAAGCACAACACGUUAUGCUGCAUUUUAAGCCGGGGACGUAUCGUGAGUGGAAUCUUUCGUUUGCCCCGGCUCCAUCGGAUAUAUUCUGGGAAAAUCUCAACAUCGAUACAGCCCAGUGGUACUGCAAGUGGGCAACAGUUAACUUUGCACUAUUUCUGUUUCUAUUUUUCCUUACCACCCCCGUCAUCAUUGUGAAUCAGCUGGACACGCUAUCGCUAACGAAAAACACCACCUCGCAGAUCAGCAAGAUCAGCCCGCUAGUUUCGGAAUUCCUGCCCACGUUACUGCUGUGGUCCCUGUCCGCAUUGAUGCCAGUCAUCGUCGCCUACUCGGACACGUGGUUGUCGCACUGGACACGGUCGAGACAAAACUAUCUCAUUAUGACAAAAACAUUCGGCUAUCUACUGUUCAUGAUAUUAAUCCUACCGUCCCUCGGUUUGACGAGCGCCCAGGCGCUACUGCAAUGGACUAUUGAGUCGAACGACACGUACCGGUGGGAGUGUAUCUUUCUGCCGGACAAAGGUGCAUUCUUUGUAAACUAUAUCAUUACCGCCGCGUUCAUCGGUACGGCGCUCGAGUUGAUACGUUUUCCGGAUCUUAUUUGCUAUCUUUGGAAACUAGCGACGGCAAAAUCACGGGCCGAGACACCCUACAUACGGAAAUCUAUCCUUAUCACAUUCCCGUUUGGUAUCCACUAUGCCUGGAUGGUGAUGGUGUUUACGACUAGUACUGUCUACAGUUUGGCCUGUCCACUAAUCAUGCCUUUCGCCAUGGUAUACAUCACGCUGAAACACUUCGUCGACAAGCAUAAUCUCUUUUUUGCAUUCGCACCAUCGAACAUGAUCAGUCAAGGUAGUGGGGGUAAAAUUCACAGCACUGCCGUCACUAUGACAAAAUUUUCGGUUGUCCUGUUGCUGAUCAUCAUGGCAGCGUUGGCAGUGGUGCGCACUGGUAAGCUUGAGUUACGUGCAGGUGUGCUAAUCAUGGCCUUGUGCGUAACGCUCGUCAUGUUCGCAUGCAUGUCACCGAUUAAACGGUGCACAACAUCACCUCUGCGCAUCGUCGAAAUGGAUGGACCAGCUCCGAUCUACGUGGCGGAUGUGUUGAUUAACCGACGCAUGGUGUCGGACAGCCCGUCUCAUCUCAGCUAUGGAUCAGAUACGACAAUGAACAUUGUGAUGAAUGAUGCCGGUACACCGUACAAACUUAUCGUGAAAAUGCCGUCUGCAAUUGGAAUCGAUUUGGGCACGACGUACUCGUGCGUAGGAGUGUUUCAGCAUGGAAAGGUGGAAAUCAUUGCCAACGACCAGGGCAACCGAACCACUCCAAGCUAUGUUGCUUUCUCGGACACGGAGCGGCUUAUUGGUGACGCAGCCAAGAAUCAGGCGGCCAUGAACCCUACAAACACAGUGUUCGAUGCUAAACGAUUGAUCGGACGCCGGUAUGACGACCCGAAGAUUCAGGCCGAUCUUAAACACUGGCCAUUCACGGUGGUGAACGACUGCGGAAAGCCAAAGAUCCAGGCGGAAUUCAAAGGAUCACGCAAGACGUUUGCGCCAGAGGAGAUCAGCUCGAUGGUGUUGACGAAAAUGAAGGAAACGGCUGAAGCAUACCUGGGCCAUUCGGUGAAGAACGCGGUCAUCACAGUGCCAGCCUACUUCAACGACAGUCAGCGACAGGCUACGAAGGACGCCGGUGCCAUCGCGGGUCUGAAUGUGAUGCGCAUCAUCAACGAACCGACGGCGGCCGCACUGGCUUAUGGUUUGGACAAGAAUCUGAAAGGCGAACGCAACGUGUUGAUAUUCGAUCUGGGCGGCGGAACGUUCGACGUAUCCAUUCUGACCAUCGACGAGGGCUCGCUGUUCGAAGUACGAGCCACUGCCGGCGAUACACAUCUGGGAGGGGAAGAUUUCGACAAUCGAAUGGUGACCCAUUUCGUGGAGGAGUUCAAGCGCAAGUUCAAAAAGGACCUAUCGACGAACGCCCGGGCACUGCGGCGCCUGAGGACGGCUUGCGAGAGAGCGAAACGUACGCUUUCCUCCAGCACGGAGGCGACGAUCGAGAUCGACGCUUUGAUGGAUGGCAUCGACUACUACACGAAAAUCAGCCGUGCCCGCUUCGAGGAGCUUUGCUCGGAUCUGUUCCGCUCCACGCUGCACCCGGUGGAAAAAGCCCUCACGGACGCAAAAAUGGACAAAGGCGCUAUUCACGACAUCGUCCUAGUGGGCGGUUCUACUCGCAUUCCGAAGGUACAAUCGCUGUUGCAGAACUUCUUCAGUGGCAAAUCCUUGAACUUGUCGAUCAAUCCCGACGAAGCGGUGGCCUACGGUGCGGCGGUCCAAGCGGCUAUUCUUAGUGGCGAUAAGGACGAAAAGAUCCAGGACGUGUUGUUGGUCGAUGUGGCUCCGCUAUCUCUGGGAAUCGAAACCGCCGGAGGUGUGAUGACUAAGCUGAUCGAGCGCAACUCACGUAUCCCGUGUAAACAGACACAGUCCUUCUCGACCUACGCGGACAACCAGCCGGGCGUGUCGAUCCAGGUGUUCGAAGGCGAGAGGGCGAUGACAAAGGACAACAAUCUGCUGGGCCAGUUCGACCUUUCGGGCAUUCCGCCGGCACCGCGCGGUGUGCCAAAGAUCGAGGUCACGUUCGAUCUAGACGCGAACGGCAUUCUGAACGUAUCGGCGAAGGAAAUGAGCACUGGCAAGGAGAAAAACAUCACGAUCAAGAACGACAAGGGUCGCUUGUCGCAGGCUGACAUCGACCGUAUGCUGGCCGAGGCGGAGAAGUUCCGCGAGGAGGAUGAAAAGCAGCGAGAGUGCGUUGCAGCGCGCAACCAACUCGAGGCGUACUGUUUCAGCCUGAAGCAAUCGCUAGAGGCAGCCGGUUCGAAGCUAAGCGAAAGCGAUCGCAAAACAGUAGAGGACCGGUGCAACGAGGCCCUGCGCUGGAUCAACGGUAACAGUAUGGCAGAGAAAGAGGAGUACGAUCACAAAAUGCAGGAGCUAUCGCGAGCCUGCAGUCCGAUCAUGACGAAGCUGCAUCAGCAGUCAGGAGCCGGUCCAUCUCCGACCAGUUGUGGACAGCAAGCUGGCGGUUUCGGUGGACGAACGAGACCGACAGUAGAGGAAGUUGAUUAAGAGGCAGACAAAGCGGCCAGCUUCAGGAGUAAUACUGGCAAGGCGUACAAGAAGACUGUGCUAUUAGC